UGAUAAGCAGUAUUAGUAUUUGCACGGUUUUGAUAAACAUUCGGUUUUUUCUUUUAGAUUAAGUUCAAAAGAAUAGAUCGUUCCCUUUAAAGAUGACUUCAAAAUGUUUUAAUCUAAUAAGCAUUAUAUAAUUAGAGGCUUUUUUUUUAUAAUAAUAUUUAAUGAUAAUCGAUUUAAGUAUAACGAAAAAAUACUCUAAUUAUGAAUGCUUUUCAGACAUGCCCAAACACUUCGGAUCUGGUGCCGCUAUACCUUCCUCAACAGCUUUACUUGAAGCCCAUAGCUCGACUGAAUAUGUCCUUGCAACUUCCGAAUGUGAAAAAGUUAGGCAAAAGUGUUUCACACUGGGAGAUUAUGGAUAAAAUUCGUUGCCUUAUUAAGCCCGAUGAAUUUACGGUGCUAAAAGUAACAAAAACUACUGUCGAAUUCGUUAGAUUCGAAGGUGAAAUCGAAACUAGGGAGAAGCUUGAGCGGGUCAUAUCAAAAGUAGACAACAAGAUGAUAAAACUCAAGGAUUUUUCCGACUUAAUGAGAAUUCGAGCAGCCGAAUGGAGAUCAGAUUAUCCCAAUCGUCGUGUUUGGGACGAUUUCUUCUCAAACGCUCGUGAUAUGGAUGAGAUGAAACCAGGAGAACGCCCCGACACCAUACACAUAUCACAUCUACCUUCAAAAUGGUUAGUACCAUAUCAUCUAAGCGAUGAGGAAGACGUCACUCCAUCUGAGAAAAUUUUUUAUAAAAUCUUCGAAAAAUUCGGCUCCAUUCGGUUUGUGGACAUUCCAAUAUGUGAUCCGUAUAGAAAAAAAAUGAAAGAAAAUAUUUCGGGACUUCAAAACUCAUCGUUCGAUAAAACUGAGUUCUUCGAGGGCUAUGUGCAAUUCAAAGAUUAUAUUGGGUUCGUUAAGGCCAUGGAUGCCUUUCGUAACAUGAAGUUAGUGCGAAAAGAAGAUGACGGAGCAGUAGAAGUGAACAUCAAGGUGGACUUUGACAAAAGUAAACAUUUGAGUGAUGCUUCUAUUCGUAGGAGAGAAAUUGUUCGUGAUAGAUUAGUGAAAAAGAACAGGGAAAAAGAAGAAAAGGAACAAGCAGAAUUAGAAGAGAAAAAACGAAUGGAGGAGUUGGAAAGGCAAAAAGAGGUCGAUAUAAAAGAACAGAAGAAGCUACGCCGCAAGCUUCGUGAAGAGAAAAGAAAAGCAAAAAUUCUCGAAAAACUGGAAAUUACUGGAAGCGAUGAAAUCAACGAAAAAAUUGCAAAGGAGGAGAAGAAACUUUUGAAGGUUCAAAGAAAGUUGGAAGCUAUUAGACUGGUGGAAGAACUAUUCAGAAGGAUCAAAGAGAAAAAAUCGGACAAUAUGCAACUGUAUGAUAAUAUUUCAAACCCUAGCUAUGAUGAGCUGAAGAGAUAUAAAAACGCUAGUGAGCUAGAAGUUCUCACUCAGAGAGAAAAACUCCACAAUAUUUUGAAAGGAAGGGUCAUGCUUAAAAGCAUUCUUUCUGAUGGCAAACGACCAAGAAAAUACUCCUCGUCCAGCUCUAACUCAGAUUUUUCUAUUGAAGAUGAAGACAUAAGGCAAAGACCCAAAACUCCUGUGAUGGAAAAAUAUCCAGAAUUAUUUUAUGAUCCUUCCUGGAUGGAGUUUCAAUAUCCUCUGCCACCGGGUCCUAUGUAUGCAAUGAACCCCUUUGCAUCAAUGAGAGGUUUGCAACCAAGAGGAAGACCAUUUCCGAGGUUUCCCGGAAUACCUGGUCCAUCUAGAGGUGGAUUUAAUAGAAGACGGGGUAACUUUCAGCCACGUUUCAGAGGAGGAUAUCGUGCACCUAACCCCCGUCAGUACCCGCAAGAUACAGACGAAGAGUAUCAAAAGUACCUCACUAAAUUUCUUUACGAGCAUGAUGAGAGAAUAUACGUAGAUAGGAGACGCUCAUAUUCACCUCACCGGUUCUCAAGAAGAAGUCGUUCGCGAUCAGAUAGUAGAAGACGUUCUUAUAGUCCAUCUCGGAGUAGAUCCCAUUCAAGGAAUAGAUCACGGAGUGGUAGAUCCAGAUCUCGUUCCUACAGAUCAAGAUCACGUUCACGCAGGUCUAAAUCUAGGUCUUAUUCAAGAGCAAGGUCAAGAAAAUCUCGUUCACGAGAAAGGUCACGGUCUCAAUCCAAAUCAAAUAGAAACCGUCGGAAAAAUUCACAUAGGAGUAGGUCAAAAUCUCGAAGUGAAAGGAAGUCUAGAAGGACCAAUUCUUCAUCUAAAGAGAAGUCUCCAAAAUCUCGCUCACAAACCGGUUCAGUAUCUUCCAGAAGUCAGAAGAAAUCACAGAAUAACUCUAAAGACAAAGACAGAUCUCGAUCGAGGGAUAAGUCACGUUCUAGAGAAAAAUCUGUCGAUAGCUCUACUUUUUUGACUCCAAAGCAACUUUCGGAACAAAGAUCUGCUGCGAGAGAUCGUUCAAAGUCGUGGUCUUUACCUAAGGAAGGAGAGAAAGGUCGCUCCUGGUCAAAAUCGCCCGAGAGGAAAUGAUUGCUUUUUAAAUAAAUGAUAACUUAUAACAUA